GAUGACAUAGAGUGGGAAAAUAUAGAGCAAUAUUUCAGUGAAAUCAAUAAUUUUAUUGAAGGAGCUAGGAGGUGUAAAAAGUCUGUUCUGAUAUUCAGUUAUCACGGCAAGUCCAGGGCUGCCACAGCCGUAGUGCAGUACUUGAUGAAUCAGUAUGGAAUGUCUUUAGAUAAGGCAUAUAAAUUAGUCAAAUCACGAAGACCAUCCAUUGCAAUUAAUCCGGGAUUUUGGAGAGCAUUAAAUCGCUUGAAUAAUAAAAUC